AUUGGUUGAAUUGUUGUAGAGACAACACCGAUUGAUAGCAACGUUUCGUUCCAUUCCUAUUUAAUUUCCAAUAAAAUGUAAAUAUUUAUCAACUUAAACUUUGAAUAACUUCAAAAGACGAAAGGUAAAACUUUCCUUUUCGUUCAAUUUGGAUUAACAGAAACAAAAAGUCGAUCUUUUUCGUCUUUCAUUCAAUUUCUUUGCAAAAUUUCGCGCGUAGAAAAACUUGGUUUGAUUUGCAGAACAAUCGUCAAAGAUUUGCAUGAAACGAUAAAAAUCGUAAACUAAAACCGAAACUAAAGUGAAAAAUAGAGCAAAUUUGAAGACAAUAUCAUCAUUUGUGAUACAUUUACUUGUGAAUUGUGAUUUCGUUAAGUUAGUGUUUAAUUAAAGUGAUUAAUUUUGUGUCAAUAAACUUGUCACCAUGUUUAAUGUGUGUUUAAAAGACAAUAACAACGGAUAAAAAAACUUGACGAAAUAAUUUAAUUGUGAAAACUGUUGAAAAUCUGAACAGAAUUUCAAUGCCUGUUACAGAUUAUCUCAACUUGAUUUCAUCCGCAAUAACUUGGAGUGAUGUAAACAGUGUAAAAUCAUCUUCACCUUCACCUUCAUCAACCCUAAUCUCAACCUCAUCAGUGGCCUCAUCCACCUCAUCAUCAGCGUCACCAUUGCUCUCUUCAACUGCCUCUUCAAUAAUCACAUUUACACCAAGUCUGUCUUCACUGAUCACAGCCAAUUCACACACUUCCCUCUACCUACUAAACUAUCACAACGAGUCAAUCAUAGCCAUCAACGGUACCUCAUCCUCACCUGGGUCACCCUUACCCAGUCCAUCAGCCUCUCACUCAACAGGCAGUUCAACAGGCAGUCCCACAUCAAGCUACCUUUCACCUUCCUCUCUCUCAACCCACUCACCUACAUCAUCACCCUUUCUCCCUGGACUUUACAAUGACUCCGAGUCUACACUCUUUUUCAAUAUCACCACCAACGGUACCCUUUAUGAUAGUCAAGAUGAAGCCUCUUACCGUUCCCUAAUCUUUACCCUAAUAACCUCCCUGACCCUUGGAGCUCUCAUACUUUCCACUGUUAUUGGUAACCUGUUUGUUAUGGUUGCCAUCUGGAUUGACCGUAACCUUCAAAAUAUUCAAAAUUAUCUUGUUGCCUCAUUGGCAGCAGCCGAUUUCAUGGUUGCCUGCCUGGUAAUGCCUUUAGGUGCCCUCUAUGAGGUUCAAGGGGAAUGGUCACUGGGUUCAUUAUUAUGUGACAUUUGGACCUCGGCUGACGUUCUUUGUUGUACAGCUUCGAUACUUCACCUUGUUGCCAUUGCUCUUGACAGGUACUGGGCUGUCAACUCUGUAACUUACAUGCAUUCCCGGUCACCAACCAAAAUAUGUUCAAUUAUACUCUCCGUUUGGUCAGUGGCUAUCGUCUCCAUUGGCCCUAUCCUGGGCUGGAAAGAUCCCGACUAUGAACGAAGAGUAACCAUUGAGAAACGUUGCCUAAUCUCACAACACAUGGGAUACCAAAUAUUUGCCACAAUAUCAACCUUUUACGGACCCUUAAUGGUCAUCUUAUUUCUUUACUGGAGAAUAUACAAGAUUGCCAGAAGACGAGUUAAAAAUCGACCUGGAAACAAGUCGGUUGUUCAUGUGAAAGCAGAUGAAAGCCUUCGAAGUACAUCCAAUGGUAAACCCUUGGCCUUGGUUGAAACUGAAUAUCGGUCAACAGGAGGCAACAAUUUACCAAUUAAACCACUAAUCAUUGAAGAGUCUCGCUAUUCGAGGAGCGAUGAGAAAGAGACGAGUUCACUUGAACGUGGAGUUGGAGGCAUCAGUGAGGUUGGUGUUGUUGUUGGUGGUGAUAAUUCCGAUAGUUCAUUUAAUAUGGCUCAAGUACCAAGCUGUGAUAAAAAGGGAACAUCAACAGUCCUUGGAAUAGAUAAAGCACUUCGACUGAGAAAUAAAAAGGAUUCAUCAAACAGUAAACGAGAGGGUAAAACAGCCAAGAUUCUGGCCAUUAUAACGGGAAUUUUCAUCGUCUGUUGGUUACCCUUUUUUGUUCACGCACUAGUAACAGCUCUUUGUGGUGAAGCGUGUGAAGCUGCGCCGCCUUUGUACAGCAUAUUCCUAUGGCUUGGUUAUGCCAAUUCACUGCUUAACCCUGUAAUAUAUACAAUAUUUAGUCGGGAUUUUCGUAAUGCUUUUAGAAGAAUCCUGUUUGGUGCUAAUCCAAAUCGAAUGUGA